AUGCGGCUGCGGGAAGCUGCCCGGGCUAUUGCUGCUGCCGCGCUUGGGCCUGGGACGAGGGCGCGGCUGAGCGGCGGCCGGGCCCCCAUGGCGAAGAGCAAGUUCGAGUACGUGCGGGACUUCGAGGCGGACGAUACGUGCCUGCCCAACUGCUGGGUGGUCACCCGGCUGGACGGCCGCAACUUCCACCGCUUUGCUGAGCAGCAUGGCUUCAGUAAGCCUAACGAUGACCGUGCCCUCCAUCUGAUGACUAAGUGUGCCCAGACUGUGAUGCAAGAGCUGGAGGAUAUUGUCAUGGCUUAUGGACAGAGUGAUGAAUACAGCUUUGUUUUUAAAAAGAAAAGUAAUUGGUUUAAAAGAAGAGCAAGUAAGUUCAUGACUCACGUCGUCUCCCAGUUUGCCUCCAGUUAUGUUUUCUACUGGAAGGAUUAUUUUAAGGACCAGCCACUCCUGUAUCCACCAGGAUUUGAUGGACGAGUUGUCUUGUAUCCCAGUAACCAGAAUUUAAAGGACUAUCUCAGCUGGAGACAAGCAGAUUGCCACAUUAAUAACCUCUAUAAUACAGUGUUUUGGAUGCUUGUGCAGCGAAGUGGCUUGACACCAGUCCAAGCACAAGACAGAUUACAGGGAACUUUGGCUGGAGACAAGAAUGAGAUUUUAUUUUCUGAAUUCAACAUUAACUACAACAAUGAGCCCUUGAUGUAUAGGAAAGGAACUGUACUAAUAUGGCAGAAGGUUAACGAAGUCACUACAAAAAGAAUAAAACUGCCAAAGGAAAGUGAAGAGAAGGAAGUUGAAGUGGCACGGACCAGGACUAAAGCUGUCCCACUGCACUGUGACAUCAUUGGGGACCAGUUCUGGGAGGAGUAUCCAGAAAUCCUAGCUGAUAGCUGACCUUCCCUGUUUGAGUUCUUGUGCAAAUAACAGGAAACAACUUAUCUGCAUGAGCUUCUGGGAAGUGAGGACUGUGGGGUGAGGCUCGGAUAAUUUUAAUUCAGCAUCCACAUUUUGAGCGAUAUUGUCUUAGAAACAGUGUCCUUGCCUGUCAUGCAGAUAUAUCUGCCUGCAGAAGCUAAAAUCAUGUUACUUUCAAAGGGCAAGAACUUUUAUAUAAAAUUACAAAAUUAACCCUUGUAAAUGCGUAUUUGCAUUGAUUUAUAACAUCAUCAUCAUGCAUUUAUGUAGCAUCUUUCACAUUAAAGUCACAGGGUGCUUUAUAGAGUUAUUCACCUAAAACGAUCCACUCUUUGGAACAGUUAAAAGCAGCAGAAAGAUUAUUUCUUUAGCUUUGUUUUAAACUCUGAAACAGACUAAAGACUUGGAAUAGUUCCUUGAAUCAAGUUCCAUAACCAGGGAGCUUAGUUACAAAAAUUCUCUAGCAGUCGACAUCUCAGGCCCAUAUCGAGGAUACACAAAGUAGCCCAGCAAUUUGCUGUAACUGAUUUUAAAGGGUUUUUCUCAUGUGUAAAUUACUUUUGUAUUUUUUUAAAGAUGCAGAAAUGUAAUUCUCCCCCUUCCACUCCCAUGUUUAUUCUUCAGACUUUAUCGUCACUGUAGCUUUGCUAGUUAUUAGUGAAGGUCUCAAAUGGCCAAAUGUUGUAAUAAAAUUCUCAUACAGACUUCUAUCACGGUA